AUGGAAUUCGUCACCGCCCUCCGCGGCACCUUCGACGACGGCAAGCCCUCCCUCUUCGAGCUCCUCUCCGAACAACAGCUCGCCUCCCUGCUGCCUCCAACCCUGCGCUACCUCCUCACGGUCCUCACGCACCGCUACCCGCGCUACCUGCUGCGCAUCCUCAACUCCUUCGACGAGCUGUACGCCUUCGCCGGCCUUUUGGUAGAGCGGCACUACCUCAAGACGCGCGGCGGGUCAUUCACCGAGCACUUCUACGGCUUAAAGCGUGAGAAGGCUUUAGCAGCCGAGAUCCCGCGCGCCGCGGCCUCCGCUCCAAACGUCGUCCGCGAUGCGCUCAAGCUUUCCGACGCCGACAUCUGGAAGAAUCUGGCGGUCAUGAUCGGCAUUCCCUACCUGAAACGAAAGCUGGAUGAGGCGUACGAAGUCGAUGCCCCCCGCGCUAUGCUGGGUGGCGCGUAUACCCGUCCUCCCGCAAAGGGGGCUAAGCUCAAGGAGAGGUUCAUUUAUUAUUAUCGCUGGUUUCUGAGGAAUGUUUACCCAAGCUUGAAUGCCGCGUAUUACUUUGCCAUGUUGGCGUUUAAUUUGGGCUAUCUGUUCGAUAACACCAAGUAUCAUAACCCGUUCUUGUGGAUGAUUGGGACGAGGAUCAGGAGGAUGAACGGGGCGGAUUAUCAGGCCAUUGAGGCCUUGGAGAAGGCUGUUGCCAAGGGGGGUGCACCGCGAUCUGGGUCAAUGCUAAGCCCACGAAACAUGGGCAGGCGGCUAAUGGGCGGUCUAUCGCUGGUUCUACCGACGAGUAUCUUCGCCCUCAAGUUCCUCGAGUGGUGGUAUGCUUCCGACUUCGCCAAGCAGCUGAGUCGCAAGGCGGCCGAGAGUCUGGAUCUGCCGCCCCCGACGGUGACGGGGCUGGUGGAGGCGCAGGCGAGGAAUAAGCCCAAGCCGAAGAUCACGCGGACGUCGGAGGAUGGAGUGGAAGAAAAGGCGGAUGAUGAGGCUGAGGAGGAAAGCAAGGAGCCGACGCCCGAAACGGCGCCCAUAGCGGCUUCGACGCUGCUGCCCAUCUUCACGGUGCCACCGCCCAAGAGCUCGGACCUCUGCCCCAUUUGCGAGGACGAGAUCCAAACGCCGGCGGCGUGUCAGACGGGUGUGGUUUAUUGCUUUUCGUGCAUACACAAGUGGAUGAGCGGGACGCAUGCCAGGCAGGAGAAGUUCAUGACCAAGGAGCGGGAGGGUAAGUGGGAGAGCGGAGAGGGGAGGUGUGCGGUUACGGGUAGGAAAGUGUUGGGCGGGACAGAAGGGUUGCGUCGGAUCAUGGUUUAG